GCGCGGUCUCGGGCAUUUUUUUACGGAUCGUGUAUGCUCGAGCAUGCGUGCGACCGCGCGAGCCUGCGCGAGUAAACCGUUCUGGGUUACCUCACGCCAGUUUGUCGCGAAAGUUCGUCAACGAUGGUGGACUGGGAUAUGAUUAUAAUUGCGCUUUUGGCGGAAGAAGAAGAAAUGGAAGUACAUAUUAAUAAAAUAAGGCGCCAGAAAGUCAGACGAAGAAUAUGGGUCGAGGAAUGUUGGCAGGAAAGGUGUAGUUAUGGUGAAUUUAAUACACUUUGUACAACUUUACCAUCGAAAGGAGUUUUGUUUUAUGAUUACUAUAAAAUGGAUUAUGAAAAAUUUCGAAUGCUUGUGGAAAUUUUACGUCCAUAUAUUCAAAAGAAGACCACUAAUUAUCGUUCAACCAUUUCUAUUGAGGAACGCUUAACCAUUUGUUUAAGAUUUUUGACUGUAGGCAGUAGUUUCAAAUCCUUGGCUUUCAACUACCGCGUGGGUUACAGCACAGUUCGGUCAAUAGUGUAUGAAACUUGUGCUGCAAUUUGGAAAGUAUUGCAGCCUAUUGUCAUGCCGAAGCCAACAGAGGAGACUUGGUCGCAAAUUGAAGAAGGGUUCAAAAAUAUUUGGCAAUUCCCGAACUGCAUUGGAGCACUGGAUGGCAAGCAUGUACAAAUACGAUCGCCCCAUAACAGCGGAAGUCAGUUUUACAACUACAAGAAAUCAUUUAGUACCGUAUUGUUAGCCGUUGUAGACGCAAAUUACAAAUUUGUUAUAGUUGAUGUUGGUGCAUACGGCCGCAAUAGUGGAGUGCGAGGUGACGAGCAGAAAAAAAUAUUCAAUUAUAGACUGAGCCGAGCCCGACGCAUGGUGGAGAGUGCAUUUGGAAUAAUGGUACAGAAGUAUGAAGUUUUUCAAAGACCACUAAAAGUGCAACCUCAUCAUCUAGACAAGAUCAUACUUGCUUGUACUUGUUUACACAAUUUUCUUAUUGAUGAAAAAUAUAUUCAUACUCAAUCUCACGAGUCGAAUCAAUCUGAAAUUAUAUUUCAAGAUUUUGAACAGCUAAACGAAGAAGAAGAAGACGGAAGUAAUGUAACUGAAAGUAUGAAGAUACGAGAUGAAUUCAAAAAUAUUUUAGUUCAGAAGCUGGGUCUGUUCAUUGGCAAGACAAUAUAA